AUGCAGCCAGUCUGCCCUCUUCAACUUCCGAUCCCUCCUCCUCGUCCUCCUCCUCCUGAUUUGCACGAGCGCAUAUGUCCACCACUUCACGCCCGGAAUCAUGGACCGCAACAAGAACGGGUAUGCGAUGUUAUGGGUAUCUUUUGGAAAUGCGCGAGAAUAGGGGAACGGCUCAGUCCGUACAUAAGCAUAUGCUGUGUCCUCAUGGCCUCCAUUCUCAUGAACUAG